CUGCUGUUUGAUAAUUUUAAUACCUGACAACAAAUAAUUAAUGCCAGUUAGCUAUGGCCCAAAAAGAUUCUAAUGGGGUCAUAUACAAUAUAGUCAAAGAUCCAGCCUUGGUACAGAAUCGCAUAUACUUAGGUAACUUGCCCCUAUGCUCACGAGAAGAACUGGAGAACAUUUGUCAUCCAUAUGGUAAAGUGUUGGGCUCCUUGGUUCAGAAGAAAUUUGGUUUUGUACAAUUCGAAAGCGAGGAAGAAGCCAACAAAUGUGCGGCGGCGCUUAACAGAUCUUCAUUUAAGUCGAAUUACUUGACAGUGCGCAAUGCUGGCCUAAAGCUAAAGGAGGCCAAUACGACUGCCAAGAAGACUUUAACUGUACAGGGCGUAAUGCCAGGUGCCGCUACCGCUGCCGCUGCACCAAUAAACGAUUGUGAAAUCAUUGUGGUAAAUCGCAAUAAUACCAAAUACGCCGAGAUCGUGGAGGAUAACCUUAGGCAAGUUGGCAUGCGCGUAGAUGUGCUGUUUCCCAAUGAGGAUGUCACACUUGAGCACGUGUUGAGUAAUAUUGCGGCACGAGGCUGUCUGUAUGCUGUGCUAGUUAGUCCAGAGAAUGAGGUUUUCCAGAGUAUUACUGUUAACAUUCUACAGGGCGUGCUUGCCGAGCAUCGAAAUAUGCCACUGAAUGAUGCCAUAACAUUGAUGACUACAGAAUUUUUCUUGAAAAAGCAACGUGUUGCAGAAGGUUCGGUUGAACGACGACAUCCGGGUCGCUUGCAGCAGUUAAUUGAAAUGCUGGCUGACAAUCAGGAGCUAACGGCUUUGCAAUAUGAAUGCAUCAUAAAGUAUCUGAAGAAACAGCACGAGAAGCAGCUUAAGCUAGAACUGUGUCCAAUUGGUAAGCUCAGAGCACCCGAUCCAGAAAUUGAGCUGAAUAAUGAAUAAUCCCCCGGUGACCGAAAUACAGAGGGGGUCAUGUAUCCUACCUUUAAAGCAGCAAAAGCGGACAAAAGCUAUGUUUCGAGAUUUGGACUCCUGUACAAGUCACUGCAGCUGGAGUAUCAUGCGCCACGCCUGGCGUGGUUGGUCUCAAUCACAUUAAUUUAUUUAAUUGUUUUAUGUCAACUAUGAGCAGUCGACAGUAAAAGAAAAUGUUUAAUAUAAACUGCGGCAUACUCAAUUCAGUUGUCAUAAUGUGCUCGCCGUGCCAAAUUGCAGGCCAGUGUGGAAAUUGGCUGUCAAGCGUAUCAUGUGUGCCACGAUGGACACGCGAAGGACAUCAGGGUAUAAUAUAUUUAUAUUAUGUA